CACAUCUAAAGAGGCUGCAGGAAAAGAAAUGGCCAGCAACCAAGCAAUACUGCUUCUCUUCCUUGGAGAAAUCUGGAAAUCCCUUUCUGCAGCAACACCUCCAAAUGCUUCCCUGAACAGGAGAGAUGUGUGCUCCAGCACGGGGAGUCCAGGGCAAGACAAAGCUGCUCUCCAUCAACUGCUAGCAACUGGACCCAGCUCGCACAAACCUCAGCGAGCUCUGGCUGUGACCACAGCAGCCCAGCUCCCCGAGGCAGAGGCAGAAGCCAGUGAUGGGAGCUGGAUAGCAGCACUGCUGAUUGGCAUCAUCCUGGUCAGCAUGCUGGUGGCUGUUGUUAUCAUCCUGCUGUGGAAAUGCCGCAAGAGGCCAGCUCCGGUUGAUGCCAACUGGGCAGGCCGCUCUCCCUUUGCAGAUGGAGACACACCGGACAGCUUCAUGGACUCUGAGCAGGCCACCAAACGGUCAUCAGUUUUAUUUUUGCUGCCUUGGAGACUGAAGCAGGACACAAACUUCCAAGGGGAUCCCACUGCAUCAGAGAAAGCAGCCCCCUGCCCCACCAGCAAUGCAAGCAGCCAGCUGCCCCCACCAGCUGAAGGCUGCCCUGCAGCCAGUUCCCCUGCUCCCAGCACAGAUCCACCUCCAGCUCCCACCUCAGAGGCAGCAAGCACUGCACCAGACUCCUGUCCUGCACCAGACGCUUUAGUUGGACCUCCAGAGCUGCCACCUCCACCUGACUGGCUCAGGGAAUCCACUGAGGUUCACAGCUCUGAGCUCAGCAAGCACCAGGAACCUCGCUGGGAAGCAGAGGAAGAAUUGCCUCCCCCACCCCAGCUGCAGGUUCAGGAGAUUCAGGAACCACUGCCCCGGCCUGAAGCCCUCCUGUAAGCUGCCAAUGUUGACUGCCAGCACACUUCACUUUUUUUCUCAAAGGAAGUAUUCUUCAAACAACUGGAAAAAGGAGAAGCUGACACAAGCAAGAACAGUGAGACCACAGUGUGGGCAUUUCCCCAGUGUUUCUUAACUUCAGCUGUCACAAAAGGGAACAACCUGCUUCUGCCACUGCAAAACACAACCCACAGUGUGCCCCCCACCCAGCUGCAACCAGGGACUCCAGAUCCAGGGGACUGCAGAGAGCAGGGAAUGCACCCCUUGGGGUGCCAGCAUAUCCAGGGGUGGAACACACAGACAUGGAGCUGGCAAGAAGCAGCAGCUCCAGAGUUGCCUGGGGCUUCUCAGAACUGUUUGUCCUACUAAGCUGUGUAAGAGAAUGCAAUGAAUUCAAGUUAAUGGCAAUAAAGCUUUCCAAUUCAAAGGUGUUUUGGUCACUUAAAGCACAGCUGAGUAUUUGCUGAGGUAUGAAGCUUGGGAUCCCACAUGGAGUCUAGAUGCCCCCACACAAACA